CACAGGACUGCUCGAUUCCUGCACACUGUUCUUGCGGCUCACUGGCAGGCCAUGGCGUUGAGGACUGUCCGAAACUUACCUUGCUUUUUAAGUGCACUCGCCGUGUUGCUUCUCAGCAGUGGCCCGUCCCGAGUGUUCUCGUGUCCGAGCCGCUGUUUAUGUUUCCGUACCACUGUCAGAUGUAUGCAUUUAAACUUGGAAACUGUACCCGCUAUUCUUCCACAGACAACAAUCCUAGACCUGAGGUUUAACAAAAUCAAGGAUUUACAACCAGGUUCCUUCAGAAGAUUAAAGAAUCUUAAUACACUCCUUAUAAACAACAACCACAUCAGAAGAAUCCCAAGAGGAGCCUUUGAAGAUUUGGAAAACCUUAAAUAUCUCUAUUUGUACAAGAAUGAAAUCCAGGCAAUAGACCGGGAAGCCUUUAAGGGACUAGUCUCUCUAGAACAGCUAUACCUGCACUUCAACAACAUCGAGUCAUUGGAGCCCGAGUCUUUUUCCCAUCUACCAAAACUUGAGCGAUUAUUUUUGCACAACAACAGAAUAACUCAUCUUGCAUUAGGAACCUUCUCUCAUCUGCAGUCUAUGAAGAGACUGCGCCUGGACUCAAACACACUGAACUGUGAUUGUGAACUUCUUUGGUUAGCUGAUCUGUUGAAGCAUUAUGCAGAGUCUGGUAACGCCCAGGCUGCAGCUACAUGCGACAAUCCGAGCCGCUUGCAGGGACGCUCGGUCGCCACCCUCACUCCAGAAGAACUGAACUGUGAAGUGCCCCGGAUCACAUCUGAGCCACAGGAUGUGGACGUAACCUCUGGGAACACUGUGUACUUCACAUGCAGGGCAGAGGGUAACCCCAAACCACAGAUCAUCUGGCUAAGAAACAACAAUGCUCUGAACAUGAGGGACGACACUCGCCUGAAUCUUCUGGAAGAUGGAACGCUGAUGAUCCAGGACACGCGGGAGACGGAUCAGGGCGUGUAUCAGUGCAUGGCCAAAAAUGUGGCAGGAGAAGUGAAGACCUCGCAGGUCACCUUGCGAUACUACAGAGCACCAUCUCGACCCAGUUUUGUGAUCCAGCCACAGAACACUGAGGUUCUGGUCGGGGAGAGCGUGACCUUGGAAUGCAGUGCCGCGGGUCAGCCACAGCCUCGUGUCACCUGGACUAAAGGUGACCACACAGCCCUUCCAGUUGACCCUCGCAUCAACAUCACUCCCUCUGGAGGUCUCUUCAUUCAGAAUGUCAAUCAGGCAGAUGGAGGACAGUACGCAUGCUUCGCCAGCAACAACGUGGACACAAUCCAUGCCACUGCUUAUAUAAUAGUACAGGCUCGUCCCCAGUUCACAGUGACCCCUCAGGAUCAGUCGGUGUUGGAGGGUCAUACAGUUGACUUUCCCUGCGAGGCAAGUGGCUACCCUCAACCCGUCAUAGCCUGGACACGCGGUGGCAGUCCUCUGCCAAAUGACAGACGACAUGUUGUUCUCUCAAUGGGCAGUUUGCGUAUCAGCCGCGUGGCUCUUCAUGACCAGGGCCAGUACGAAUGCCAGGCAGUCAGUCCUGUUGGCACUGCCAGAGCAGCUGUUCAACUCAACAUCCAGCAAACUGUAACGCCUGUUUUCACAAAUGCUCCAAGGGAUUUGACAGUGGAGUCUGGAUCAGAUGUCCAGAUUCCGUGCAGUGCUCAGGGUGAGCCCACACCUAUCAUCACAUGGAGCAAGGAUGGAGUCCAGAUAACAGAGAGUGGGAAGUUUCAUAUCAAUCCGGAUGGCUAUCUGGAGGUGAAAGAUGUGGGGCUCGCUGAUAGGGGUCGAUAUGAGUGUGUCGCUCGUAACUCCAUUGGCUAUUCCUCAUCUAGCAUGGUGCUAACUGUACAAGUCCCACAGGUGAGCAGGGAGGGGGAUCCUUUUGUCUCAACGUCCCUUGAAGAGGCCAUUCGGAGUAUAAACAGUGCAAUAGACUCCACCAGGAGGCAGCUCUUUGACGGAUCUCCCCGUACCCCUGCCGAGCUUCUGGCUCUGUUCCGUUACCCCCGGGACCCCUACACAGUGGAGCAGGCCAGAGCAGGAGAGAUUUUUGAGCAGACUCUCCUCCUCAUCCAGAGACAUGUCAACCAUGGCCUCAUGGUGGACACUAAUGGAACAGCCUUCCGUUACAAUGACUUGGUGUCGCCACGUUUCCUGGAUAUGAUAGCCAACUUGUCUGGCUGCACAGCCCACCGGCGCUUUAACAACUGCUCAGACAUCUGUUUUCAUCAGAAGUAUCGUACCCAUGAUGGCACCUGUAACAACCUGCAGCACUCAAUGUGGGGUGCCUCCCUUACUGCCUUUGAGCGCUUGCUAAAGCCUGUCUAUGACAAUGGCUUCAAUUUCCCACGUGGUGCGACUGAGAGACAACACAAUGGCUUCACUCUGCCACUUCCACGCCUGGUGUCCACUACCAUGAUAGGAUCAGAGACUAUCACCCCAGAUGAUCGCUAUACGCACAUGCUAAUGCAGUGGGGCCAGUUCCUGGACCACGAUCUGGAUUCAACCGUUGUAGCUCUCAGCCAAUCGCGUUUCUCAGAUGGACAAUUGUGCACCUCGGUGUGCACCAAUGAUCCACCUUGCUUUGCUAUAAUGUUCCCACCCAAUGACCCACGUCAACGACGCAGUGGAGCACGUUGCAUGUUCUUUGUGCGCUCUAGUCCCGUUUGCGGUAGUGGAAUGACCUCUCUGCUUAUGAACUCGGUGUAUCCACGUGAGCAGAUGAACCAGCUCACCUCAUACAUCGAUGCUUCCAAUGUUUAUGGCAACUCACGGCAUGAAGCAGAAGAGAUACGUGACCUGGCCAGCCAUAGGGGUAUGUUACGGCAGGGAAUUGUUCAACGCACUGGCAAACCACUGCUACCAUUUGCCACCGGGCCACCCACAGAGUGCAUGCGGGAUGAGAACGAGAGUCCCAUUCCUUGCUUCCUUGCUGGUGACCAUCGUGCCAACGAGCAGCUUGGGCUGACGGCCAUGCACACGGUUUGGUUCCGUGAGCAUAACCGCAUAGCCAGUGAGUUGCUACGCCUCAACCCCCAUUGGGAUGGUGACACCAUUUACCAUGAAGCACGGAAGAUAGUUGGAGCCCAGAUGCAGCAUAUAACCUACAGCCAUUGGCUGCCUAAAAUACUGGGCGAGGCUGGCAUGAGGUUAAUGGGUGACUAUAAUGGCUAUAAUCCCAAUAUCAAUGCUGGAAUCCUUAACGCCUUUGCAACUGCUGCCUUCCGUUUCGGCCACACACUCAUUAAUCCAAUUCUGUACCGGCUGGAUGAAAACUUCCAGCCAAUCCAGCAAGGGCACAUCUCGCUGCAUAAAGCUUUUUUCUCACCAUUCCGCAUUGUGAAUGAAGGAGGUAUUGAUCCACUGCUUCGUGGACUGUUUGGAGUGGCAGGAAAAAUGCGAGUGUCCACUCAACUGCUCAACACUGAGCUGACAGAGCGUCUUUUCUCCAUGGCACAUGCUGUAGCUCUCGACCUUGCUGCCAUGAACAUUCAAAGGGGUCGUGAUCAUGGUAUACCCCCGUAUAAUGACUACAGAGUGUUCUGCAACCUCUCCUCAGCUCAGACAUUUGCGGACCUGAAGAAUGAGAUUCAGAACCCGAGUGUACGGGAGAAGCUUCAAAGGCUCUAUGGCACACCUCUGAAUAUCGACCUGUUUCCUGCUCUGAUGGCUGAAGAUCUGGUGCCUGGCAGCCGGCUGGGACCCACUCUCAUGUGUUUACUGGCAACCCAGUUCAAACGACUAAAAGAUGGUGACCGGUUCUGGUACGAGAACCCUGGCGUCUUUAGCCCUGCUCAGUUGACCCAGUUGAAGCAGGCCUCUCUCGCUCGGGUACUUUGUGAUAAUAGCGACAAUAUCACGCACAUCCAGUCAGAUGUGUUCAGUGUGGUGGACUUCCCGCAUGGCUAUGGAAGCUGUGACGAUUUGCCUAAGAUUGAUCUGCGAAUGUGGCAGGACUGCUGUGAAGACUGCCGCACUAAAGGUCAGUUCAACGCCCUGUCAUACCACUUCAGAGGUCGUAGGUCAGCAGAGCACAGCGAUGCAGAGGAGAGACCUGCCAGCAACCUCACAGACAAUAGCAGAACUUUGGAAGCUGCUCAAACUGAAUUAAACAUAACUGCAUCAUACAAGUCAAGCACUGAACCCUCAAUAAAGGAUUUCCAAGAUUUUGUUACAGACAUGCAGAAGACCAUCACAAGUCUACGAAAACAGAUUAAAAGACUUGAAGGCCGCCUGAGUCAGACAGACUGCACUGAUGAGGAAGGGCGAGAACGAGGAGAUGGAGAGAUCUGGAAGAAAAACCCCUGCACCAUAUGUCAUUGUAAAGGGGUCCAGGUGACAUGUUUUGUAGAGAAGUGUCCACAGGAAGCAUGUGUGAAUCCCGUGACACCUAAAGGUUCGUGCUGUCCUGUGUGCAUCAACCAGCCAUCAAAACUGCAGGAACAUCAAGUAUAACCUCAGGACACUUAACCAAUGUCACCUUCAGCCCCACCCCCCAUUUAUUAGUUGUCUUUCAGGGUUUUUUAUCAUUUUUUUACAUAUUGGUUAUUUGUUUUGUUUGCAUAUUCCCACAACUUCACAUGGCAAGAAGCCCACAAAACUGCACAUCAAAUGCCUUAAAAGUAUUCAAUCGGAUAGAUGACUAUGGAACCCUGUUUUCCUCCCUUAGGCCUGUUAUAUGGGUCAUAGUCUCAGAUGUCUACCAAAGGUGCUCAUUGACAAGUUGACACCUUGAUCAGCAGAUCAUCUCUGAAGAAGCAUUCUCAGGUUCGAGAUGCUGAAAAAACUGGUGCUAUUUAAUUUUAAAAGAGUCUUACAAGUAUUGUUUUAGGCGUCUAAAUGUUUUGCAAUAUACAGUGCAUCCUUUAUACACUCAUUAUUUGCUUUUUAAAACGACAUUUGAGCAGAAACCUGUUGUUUUGUAGCUACUCUAAAGAAAUGUUACAUGUAAAAGGAUUAGUUACUCCUACUUUUACCAAAUGUUUAUGGUGCAUAGUAUCAUAUUCGGAACAUAUGUAGAAAAAUAGUUCCCGCUUUAUAUCAUUCUCUCAUGUGAAGAAAAAUGUGAAUACCUUGAAAACAAUAUUUGCAAUGGGGAAAAAACUCUACUGAUCACCAAAUGUUUGUUUCCCUUGGCAACUGCAGGUUAUCGGAGACUCUUGUGUUUGGGCUUUUGUUUCUUUACCUUGACAGAAAGCUGUUGUUUAUGCUUGUGGUUUGGUAUCUUUUUUUGCAAGGGAGCGACUAAGGGUUUGUCAGCUGACAUCAGGGUUACUGUACUUUUUCUGUAUUACUCUGGCUGGCCUAAAGCCACAUCUAUCAGCACAGUAUUUAUAUCCUUAUGUUAUCAUUAUCAUGAAUGAAGGUCCAGAUGUUUCCUCUCUUUUCCAAACAGUGUUCUGAAAGGAUGUAAACAAUUGCACCUCUCCGCAGUACAUCACAAGCAUGCACACUUAAUGCGUCCAGUUUUUGUAUUACAUUUAGAUUUGUUCAUUUAGCAGAUGCUUGUAAAGAGAUUUACAAAUGAGAACUGCUUAGGGAUGGGAUUAGGGCACAACAGUGCCCAUACACUUUUUCAGCCGUCUUGGUUCCGGAAGUAUUUCCCCCAUCCAUUUUUUCCAGAGUUGUAAGCCAUGAACAAAACCAACCAGCUCUGAGGUGAAUCACAACAUCACAAACUUUGAUUUGAAGCAAAAAAGUAAUAAAAAAUCAGACAAAAAGAUUAAAGGUACAAGACUGUGUUCUUAGACCAUCUUUAAUAAGGGAAUGAUUUACAGUCUCAAGAAACAUUGCGAAUUAUGUAAUCGAAUUAAAAUAAUGGAAAAAUAAAAAACCAUUGAUUUAAAGUUGUUGAUACUAUGUUUUGAAAAUAUUCAGAUAUAUACAAAUUAGCGAUGCACCGUUAUGAUCUGGUCGAUAGGAUUUUAACAGAAACCUAUAGGCCGAUACCGAUAUUUUGCCACUUACCUUAUUCUGUCAGCAGAUCACUGUUUUACUUAGAAAUUGUGCUUUAAAAUGUACAAAGAUGUGUAUAUAUGUUUUGUGUUUCUGUGUUCAUUAUGUGAAUCAAUAAAGAAUGUUAAUCAGAAAACAUUUACAAAGAGGUACAAAAUCGUUUUAUUGUUCUAACAAUUUCUAACAAUAAUUUCCCUUGAACAUGGAUUUGGAUCUGUUGAACACAUGACAGGCCAAAAUUUUAAAGAGAGCCACAAUGAAAGAUAAAUAGAAGAUAAAAUGAAAAAAUAACUAAAUAUGAUAACAUGACAGUUGAUGUGAAAACCUUUUAUUUUGUACAUUUUUGGCCUUAUGUUUUUGCAUUUUAAAACAACAGAACUCGUAUUUUACAUGUGUGUACUGUAUAUGAUAGAACAUUACCAAUUCAUACUACGCAAAUGUUGGGCAAUUCCACAAAAAUGUCAACCACAUUAUGGAAAAAUUUAAAUGAAAAAACCCCCCUUUUAAAUUCUGUAUUAUAGUGGUAUAAUGGACCAUGGAUAAUGCCAUCCAGACCGCUAGAGGGCGCCGCUUGCUCACACAAUGCUGACUGAUGCGCUGAAUGCAGAAACAAAGCAUUAACGUAAGAAUGAUAAAGAAUAAAAAUGAAAUAUUACGUAUUCUUAGGAGUACCAGCUCUUUUACAUUGAAAUUCAAAGAGUUUUUAAAGAGUGUGUUACUAAUUAAUAAUAAAUCAACCAUCGUUUUUUCAUAUUGCCGUUUUCAUGCUUCUAACCGAUAUGCCGAUUAUUUAAAUUUGGUCAAUAGUUGGCCAGUAAAUAUUGACAGCCGGUGCAUUCCUUAUACAAAUAAAGUAGUUUGAGAGUGUAGGGAGAGACUAGAUUGCAUCAUUCACAGGCGGUUGCUGCGGAGCUCUUUUGGCACACUUUGUUUGCAGUAAUCCUCUGAUUGGUGGAUUUCCCCCCUCAGGAUUCAUGGGUAAUGAAGUUCUUCAGUAGAAAUUCCACUAUUAAACAUGAAUUCUAAAAAUAAAGUUGAAAUACCAUGGACUGAUGGCUCCAACGGAAGCAUAUACCACCGAUUAACAACCUCUGAGCUAACGGUUAGUCUGUCUUUAAAGGUUUAUUAAUUAUAUUUAAAUAUUAAUUUGCCUAUGGAAAACAUUAAAAGCAUUUCUACUUAUGGAACCAGACUGUUGCUCUCAAUUGAGAUGAAGGUGUCUCGAGACUCGACAUAUAAAAACAACCAAAUACGUUCAUCUAGCGCUCUUUACAAAGAAAAACGAAUGGAAAAACAUGGACGGCAGACGCAAAAACAUGUCGGUAAUAACAGACCCUUAUAAUCUUUUUCUUUUUUUUCCCCAAGUUCCCUAAUACUGUCAGACACCUUGUAACAGAGGCCUCGCAUAUCUCGCUCUGGUUCUGUGGACUGGUAAGAAGUCCACGCUGCAGUCUGCUUCGGCAGUUGACGACACUGUGUUUUAUAGUAUGACUCAUGUCUCAUUGAAAUAUAAGCCAUAGGCAAGAGAUGGGGGCUGCAAUGGUAAAAGAUGCCCCUUUUCUCUAGACUACUGCCCCUCUCAAAACAUUCCAUUGUAGCCUGGUUAAAUGUCAUAAUCAUUCUACAUUUAAUCACAAUCCCUGUUUGUUUGGAUGGUUAUGGAAGUGUUAGAUAGUGAUUGAGAAAAAUGCCUCUAUGAAUUGUGAAGUACAGUGAUGUGAGCAGCCAGAUAACAUUAAGUGUUUGACUGUUGUUUUAUUUUUUGUUUUGCCUUGUUCAACCAGCAUCCAAUUUUUGUCUCUUACUUGACACUGGAGUCGUGUCUAUUUCAGUGUUUCAUUUCUCCCAAACGGCCAUUCUUUCCUCCUUAAAGGCCUAAUGCCCUCUUGAAAAUCCUCCCCCAAACCAAACUGUGCCCACCUGCCAUGGAAUGCACUGCCCUGCAAGUCUGAACAUGCUCAAACAAGUGGUCUAAUUGAUUAUCUUUUAUUUUGUAUUGUAUUUUUGCCAAAGACUGUUUGCACUGUUAUGUAUGACUUUCUACAAUAAAAUGGCCACA